AGCUGGGGACAAAAUUAAUGAUAGAAGUCUUUACUAUGGAGUUUACACGCUUUUUUCUAUCAAAGAAAGAGACAAUCUCUCUGUGAGCAUGAAUGAAAAAAGUAAACAAAUGUUUUAAAAUUGUUUUUAGACUUUGAGCGUUCCUUUAUCAAUCUUCUAACCCAGCGACGAACCAUCCGCCUCUGUCCAGGAUCUCUUGAUGGUGCAUUAACUUUAUAUUUUGGCCGUGUUUUGGGAGGAUGCUGAUUAAAAACUUCCGGAUUCGCCUGGACCUAUUGCGCGUUGCCUAACACCGGCAGAAAUUUGUCCUUUAAUUGGGGAAAGCGCAAUGCGGGGACUUUUUUGCGGGAAGGCGUUCAUCGCACCAAGUGAGUUGUGACCUCAGCAGGAAUAAAGAUGACGGGGUUUAGGGUGCUGGACAGUGGAGGACAGCACAUGCUGGUGGCGUUUGGGUGGCUUCUCUUAUUCGGGACGCGUAGCGGAUCAGUUUCUAGGUGUGUAGACCAAGCCUGCAGUCCACCCAUUGGGAAUCUGGCUAGUGGCAGGGUACUUCUAACCUGGCCAAACUGCAGUAUUAAUGACAAUAUCAACCAGAGUUUGUGCCCCAAUGCCCCUGAGACACCCCAUUCGUACCAAGAGGACACUCAUCCUUCUUCUCUCAUGACCGACGACCCUUUUUUGCAUCCCGAUACCUGGUGGGCAUCAGGAGGAGGCCACAAAGAGCAGGAUGAGAUCCGGUUGGAUAUGGAGACAAAGUUCUGUCUGUCUCAUGUAGUUUUGGUGUUCAGGUCCCCCAGGCCUGCUGCUAUGGUCAUUGAGCGUUCAGCUGAUUUUGGAAUAACCUGGGAGGCUCUUAGGGUAUUUGCUCACAACUGCAGGGUGGAAUUUGAUUUGGACGAUGACCUUAAUCGACCGGGCUCACUGUGCACGUCCCGUUAUUCUAGUCCUCAGCCUUGCAGUGGAGGGGAGGUAAUCUUACGUACACUGGACCCAAGCAGUGCUAAAACCUUUGACCCCUACAGUCCAGAGGGCCUUGUCCGCCUGACCAUCACAAAUCUCCGCAUCAGACUGCUGAAAGCUCAGACUUGUCCUGCAUCUCUGAACUUGACAAACCCAACAACCACAUCAGAAAGCCCACCCUCAGCACCAUAUGCUAUUUAUACAUUACUGGCUAAAGGGACAUGCCUGUGCCAUGGGCAUGCUGAAUAUUGCUUACCAUAUAAAAGCAACAAAGACAAAACACAAGAUAGUGACAUGGUAUUUGGAAAGUGUCUAUGCGUCCACCACACUGAGGGGGACCACUGUGAGAGGUGUGGCCCACUCUAUAACGAUCGACCCUGGAGGCCUGCAAAUGGCAGCAGUGGUGAGCCAAACCCAUGUCAGAAGUGUGAGUGCCAUGGCCAUGCAGACAGCUGUCACUUCUCUCUGCGGGCAUGGAUCUCCUCAGGUGGGAUCAGCGGAGGUGUCUGUAACGACUGUCAACAUAACACAGAGGGCCGCAGGUGUCAGCGCUGUCGUCACGGCUACCAUCGGCAUCCGUCCAAGCCCCUCAGGUCUCCCCACGUCUGCACGCGCUGCUGGUGUGAUCCUCGGGGGUCAUUGCCUCCUCCAUCUGGAGAGGUUGGACCCUGGUGCGACCCUAAGAGUAGCCAGUGUCGCUGUAAGUCCGGUGUAAAGGGCAUGAGCUGCAGUCACUGCCUGCCUGGCUACUGGGGCUUUGGAGAGGAUGGCUGUAAACCCUGUGCCUGUCCACACAGCUGUGAUCCGACUACGGGGCACUGUCUGAACAGCUACCCAAACAAUCAUGUACUAAAUGUGCCGAUUGGUGGAAAAAUCCCAGAUGCGGAUCACAUAUUCACAGCUGAAGAAAUACCAUGGUCGAAGAAGCUUGCAGUCUCUGCUUUACACUAUACAGGAAAAUGCAGGUGUAAGGAGAAAAGUCUGAGAAGUGUCUCUGACCUCUGCAAGACCAAACAUGACUACGUGAUCAAGGCGAGUGUGCUGUCUGCUCAUGACAAAGGCAGUCAUGCAGAGGUGCGGGUCAAAGUUCGUAAGGUGCUUCGAUCCGGUCAGGUGGCGCUGCACUUGGGGACCGUCAGCAUGUACCCUCUGUCCUGGACCAGCCGCGGCUGCACCUGCCCUGUCCUGAACCCAGGUAUGAAAUACUUGCUUGGUGGUCCACAGGAGCCGGGAACGGGUCGUUUGUUGGUCACCAUGCAGAGUUUAGUGGUUCCAUGGACGCCUCGACUAUCUUUGCUUUUAUCAGGGGGCCUGAGAAAUGGAUGUCUAUGAUCCUCACAGAUAGAACAACAUUUAGAUGACCUAACCUGAUAUAUAAGCAGACUAUUCUCCAAAAGAAACUUCUGAAAAAGUCUAAAAGUGACUGUUGUGAUUCUAGAAGAGACCAAAGACCUAAACCCAUGGCCAGGUAAGUUAAAAAAAUUGAAGGUUUUAAAGUGCCUUGGAAGAGUAUUCCUAUGAACGAUUUCACAUUUUGUCAUAACCUCAAACCUAGCUGGACUCUUUUGGGAAUUUAUGUGUUAGACCUACAAAACGUGAUGUGUAUUCGUAAAGUGGAAGGAAAAUAAUUAGUUUAGUUUUCAACAUUCUUUUGGAAAUGCUUCAGAAGGAUAUCAUGCAUGUCAAUACUUUCACUAUAUGGCAUUUCAGUAUGUCUACCAGCUUUGCACAUCUAGGCUGAAACACCAGUUAUCAGAUUCUCAAUAACAUUUAGGUCUGGACUUUCAUGGGCAUUUCUAACAUGACUGUGCUUUGAGUUCAACACUUCUGUAGUCGAUCUGCCUUAUUGUUUAGGUUAUCUAGUCUUUGGAUGCCUCCAACAGGAUUUAUUUCAGGAUUGGGCUGUAAUCAACUUCUUCCAUCUUCCCAUAAGCUCAGACCAGCUUCCCUUCGACUUCUUGGGUCUUCAUUCAACGGUUGCUUUUGUCCCCACUCUUCCAUAAAGGUCAGAUGGAGAAAGUGAAGAUUAUCCCUGAGGUGUGAAUCUCUGUAGCUACUCCAGAGUUACCAUGAGCCUCUUGGCUGCUUCUCUGAUUAAUGCUCUCUUUGCCUGGCCUGUCAGCUUAAAUGAGGAUGGAUUGAACAGUUCCAUGAAAUGUUUAAAACUUUGGAGCUUUUUUGGUCUCCAUGAUGUUAAGGUUUUCUAGCAAACAUCUAAGAGUUUCACAGAACAGCUGCAUUUAUACUGAGGUUGAAUUACACACAAGUGGACUUUAUUAAUUGGGUAACUUCUAGAAGCAACUGGUUGUGCUGGAUUUCAUUUAGGGGGAUCAGAGGAAAGGGGUGACUUAAAAUGCAUCCACCAGUUUUUAAUUAAAAACAAAACAUGCAAAGCAUGUAUCAUUUUUGUUUUUCUUUGUGUUGGUCUAUCAUCUAAGAAAAUCUCAGUACAUUGAGAUUUGUGACUAACAGGACAAAAAAUGAAGUUCAAGGAGUAUGAAUAGUUUUGCAAGUCAGAGUUUGAACAAUUAGGUGAUCAGAUUGACUUUUUGUGCCCAGUAGGAGAUGGUUUAAAAAAAAAAAAAAAACUUUUUCACUAUUUGUGCUUUAAACUAAAGAAACACAAGAUAAACGGAAACAAUCAUCUACACAGAAAUUAUAUUUACUUGAAAAGUUUAUUUUUUGUUCUUGAAUCUUAUUGGUGAGCUUUCUGGCCUCAAUGUGAGGUCUCCAGAAAACAUCUAGCCCUGGCCUUUCGUUAAUCAGCUUUCUCUUGCUGACUAAAUAAAACACACAUUACAUAAAACGUAUAGAUAUUGUUCCUCGUCUUAAGAAAAACAUGAAAUCUGAGAGAGAAAAAAAAAAAACCAGAUGACCAUUUUAAUACAGAAUUUGUCACAAACACCAAGACACC